AUGGUUUUACAAGAUCUCGGCCGCCGCAUCAAUGCGGCCGUCAACGACCUAACGCGCGCCCCUAAUCUCGAUGAAAAGACCUUCGAUUCCAUGCUGAAGACAAUAUGCUCCGCCCUCCUCGAAGCCGAUGUCAACGUGCGCUUGGUCGGCCAGUUGCGCAAAUCGAUCCGCUCGACCGUCAACUUCAAAGACCUCCCACCCGCCGUGAACAAGAAGCGCCUCAUCCAGAAAGCCGUCUAUGACGAACUCGUCAGCCUCGUCGACCCGCACGCCGAGCCCUUCAAACCCAAGAAGGGCAAGUCCAACGUCAUUAUGUUCGUCGGUCUGCAGGGCGCCGGAAAGACCACGACAUGUACCAAGCUCGCCAGGCACUACCAGUCGCGUGGCUUCCGCGCCUGUCUCGUGUGCGCCGACACUUUCCGUGCCGGUGCCUUUGACCAACUGAAACAGAACGCAACCAAGGCCAAGAUCCCGUACUACGGCAGCCUGACGGAAACGGACCCCACCGUGGUGGCCCGGGAGGGUGUCGAGAAGUUCAAGAAGGAGCGGUUCGAGAUCAUCAUCGUCGACACGUCGGGUCGCCACAGACAGGAAAGCGCGCUCUUCCAGGAGAUGACGGAUAUCCAGACGGCCAUCAAGCCGGACGAGACCAUCAUGGUGCUGGACGCCUCGAUAGGUCAGCAGGCCGAAGCCCAGGCAAAGGCCUUCAAGGAGGCCGCCGACUUCGGCGCCAUCAUCAUCACCAAGACGGACGGCCACGCGGCGGGCGGUGGUGCCAUCUCGGCGGUCGCGGCAACCCAUACCCCCAUCGUCUUCAUCGGCACGGGCGAGCACAUGUUCGACUUUGAGCGGUUCGUGCCGCGCAGCUUCAUCAGCAAGCUGCUCGGCAUGGGUGACAUGGCCGGGCUGGUGGAGCACGUACAGAGCCUGAAGCUGGACCAAAAAGAAACCAUCAAGCACAUCAGCGAGGGCGUCUUCACGGUGCGCGACCUGCGCGACCAGCUCCAGAACAUCAUGAAGAUGGGCCCGCUCUCCAAGAUGGCCAGCAUGAUCCCGGGCAUGGGCAACAUGCUGCAGGGGAUGGACGACGACGAGGGGUCCCUCAAGCUCAAGCGCAUGAUCUACAUCUGCGACAGCAUGACGGACAAGGAGCUGGACAGCGACGGCAAGCUGUUCACGGAGCAGCCCACGCGCAUGACGCGCGUCGCUCGGGGCUCGGGCACCACCGUCCGCGAGGUCGAGGACCUGCUCACCCAGCAGCGCAUGAUGGCCGGCAUGGCCAAGAAGAUGGGCGGCAACAUCAAGAAUAUGCAGCGCGCACAGAGCGCCAUGGCCGGCGGGAACAAGGCCCAGCAGCUUGCGGCCAUGCAGAAGCGGUUGCAGAGCAUGGGUGGCGCGGCGGGUCGCGGCGGCGGCGGCGGCAUGCCGGAUAUGGGCGCCCUCAUGAAUAUGUUUGGGGGUGGAGGUGGUGGUGCACCGGGGAUGGGGGGCGGGGAUAUGAAAUCUAUGAUGAAGCAAAUGAGCGAUAUGCUGGGUUGA